AUGCGGUCUCUCACUAGUUUCGCUGUCACUGCAUUCCUAGUGGCAGCAAUUCCCUUCACGGCAGCAUCUGGACAUGGCGACAACAUGCGUCUCCGCUAUGAGGCCUGCAGCCCAAGUCAGGAUGGUAGCUGUUCCGGUUGCGGCGCUGACUAUGUGCCCUGUGGUAGCGAUACCUGCUACAACCCCAAGGCUGGCGAGACUUGCUGCUCAAGCGACUACGCAUGUCCAUCCGGUUUCAAUUGCUCUACCACUGGAUCCAAAUGCCUUUCUGCAGACGGGAAGCGACAUGCUUCUUUCAGAUGCAGAUAUGGCGAAGACGACACCGAUGAUGACGACGACGAUGGCAUGUACAACACAACGUCGUCAAUACUGUCCACUACCACUACGAUCACCUCGACGACGACGAACACUGUUACUGUCAGUGCUUCCACCACCUCUUGCGCUCUGACCGGAUCAACCACUGGACUUCCUCUUACAAGCUCUGUUGCUUCAUAUGGCAAUACCACUACUAUUGCGCUGAAUACGACAACAUCGACCUUGUCGGUGGCCAAUGCCACUGGCGCCUCACCGACUGCCAACGUCACUUUCAAUGCCACCAAAGGUCCUUCACCAACUAUCAGUCCUCCCAUUAAUGGGUAUAAAGGAGCCGCGGCAGGUCUGCAGGGUCGAUCUUCGGUAUCUUUGUUCGCUCUGGGCAGUUUGAUUUUCAUGUCGGCGUUGCUACUCUAG